AUGGCCGACUUCCUUCUUUUUGAGGGCCCGAUGGGCUACUCCAUUUUCAAGGUUGCCCAUCAGGCGGAUACUGUGGGAAACCGGUUGAAAGAAGUCCAGGACGGAAUGCAAGAUCUCGCCAAAUUUGGUAAAAUGGUUGACCUUGUCAGCUUUUUGCCCUUUGAAAACAACAAGCAGGCGCUUGGUGAAAUCAAUGACGUUUCCGAAGGGGUCGCAUCGGAGACACUCAUUUCCUUCCUCGACUUAAACUUGCCGAAGCCGAAUAAGAAAAAGAGCGUUGUUUUGGGAGUUUCCGAUAAAGCGCUUGCGGGAAGCAUCAAGGCCGCUUUUCCUUUCGUUGAAUGCGAGACUGGAGACACCAGUGAAAUAGUUCAAGAUAUGCUACGAGGGAUCCGCAUGCACGCAGCGAAGCUUUUGAAACAGCUUCGCGAAGGUGACCUGAGCACUGCCCAACUAGGCCUUGGCCAUGCAUACUCUAGAGCGAAAGUCAAGUUUUCUGUCCAGCGCGACGACAACCACAUUAUCCAAGCGAUUGCGAUUCUGGAUCAAUUGGACAAAGCUAUUAACACCUUUUCCAUGAGAGCUCGGGAGUGGUAUUCAUGGCACUUCCCUGAACUUAUCAAGAUCGUUUCCGACAACCAACGAUAUGCCCGCCUUGCACUGCUUAUUCGGAACAAGAAGGAACUCACGGAGGACAAAUUGCAUGAUAUUGCUGCUAUCGUCGAAGAUGACGAAGGAAUUGCAAGGAGUAUCAUUGAUGCCGCUAAACAUAGUAUGGGACAAGAUAUCUCCGAGGCAGACAUGGAAAACGUUAUUUCAUUCGCGGAGAGGGUCGUCAGUCUUGCCACUUACCGCAAGAGUCUUCACGCAUACUUAGUGUCCAAAAUGAGUGUCGUCGCACCAAACUUAGCAGCGUUGAUUGGCGAGGUCGUCGGAGCGCGAUUAAUCUCCCAUGCAGGAAGUUUAACGAACCUUUCCAAAUACCCGGCGUCAACUGUUCAAAUUUUGGGAGCCGAAAAAGCUCUUUUCAGAGCUCUAAAAACGAAAGGAAAUACGCCUAAAUACGGUCUACUUUACCACUCUUCUUUUAUCGGACGGGCUGGCCCUAAGAACAAAGGCAGAAUUUCUCGAUUCUUGGCCAACAAGUGUUCCAUCGCCUCCAGAAUAGACAAUUUCUCUGAAACUCCAUCUACGAAAUUUGGAGAUGUGUUACGGAAACAAGUUGAAGAACGCCUUGAAUUCUACACUACCGGCGCCCCGCCUACUAAAAACGAAGCUGCCAUGAAAAGCGCCAUGGAUUCGCUUCUUGCUGACCUUGAAGUGGACGACGAUGCGGAAAUGAAAGACGUUGCGGAUACUGCCGAGAAGAAAGACAAGAAGGCGAAAAAGGAGAAGAGAGAUAAAAAAGACAAAAAGGAGAAGAAAGAGAAGAAGGAAAAGAAAUCCAAGUCGGAGGAGGCUGAUGUGGAUACACCAAAGAAAAAGAGAAAGAGAGAUAGCGAGGUUGGCGUCACAAAGAAGAAACAUAAGUCUUGA